AUGCCUCUCGGACCGACCGCCCGCUUGUGGCUGCCCUACCUCAACUUCACCGUCGCCAUCAGCGCGCUGGGCUUCCAGACCGGCGUCCUGUACCCGUGGCACGAGGAGCUGGACCGCGAGUUCAAGCUGCUCAAGCAGGAGCACAAGCAGCAGCUGCAGAUCUACCACGAGGUCAAGCUGCGCAAGCUCGAGGAGCUGGAGCGCCGCGUCGGCGCCAACGAGCAGUGGGAGCGUCGCCACGAGUGGAAGUCUUGGUGGCCGUUUGGCGGCGCUGCUGCUGCUACUGCCCGCCAGGCUUAA